AUGGAUUUGAAGCUCAGCGCCGACCUCGAGGCGCGCCUGCAUCUCGAGAACGUCUUCGAGGCGCCCGAGGAGUGCACGCGACGCGAGGAGGUGCUCGGCGAGAUCAACGAGGCUCUCCAGCAGUGGUGCAGAGCGCGGUCGGCGUCCAAGGGGAUCGAGGAGGACCUGGACCCGCGGUGCAACCUCUACACCUUCGGAUCGUACCGCCUCGGGGUCCACGGCCCCGCCGCGGACAUCGACACCCUCUGCAUCGGCCCGCGGCACCUGACGCGCGCGGAGGACUUUUUCGGAUCCGAGUGGACCGGCUACGAGGGCUCCUUCUACCUGGAGAUGAAGAACCACCCGGGCACGGACCAGGUCGUCGCCGUCCCGGACGCCGUCGUACCCGAGCUCAAGCUCGUCUUCCGCGGCUUCGAGAUCGACAUCGCGUACGUGUGCAUGGGCUCGUACGUGUCCGUCCCCGAAGAUCUCGACGUGUGCCAGACGACAAUCUUACAAAAUCUCGACGACGCGUCGGUCAAGUCCUUGAACGGCUGCCGCGUCGCGGAUCAGCUCCUUCGAUUGGUGCCCAACCACGACGCCUUUCGCAUCGCCCUGCGAGCCCUGAGGGUGUGGGCGAAAGAGCGCGGGGUGUAUUCCAACGUCCUCGGAUACUUCGGCGGCGUCAAUCUGGCGCUGCUCGUGGCGAGGGUGUGCCAGCUGUACCCGAACGCGGCUCCGUCCAUGCUCGUGUACUCGUUCUUCCAGCUCUGGGACGCGUGGCAGUGGAGCACGCCGGUGAUGUUGACGCCAAUCGUGGACGAGGGACACGGUCUGAGGGUGUGGGACGAGCGCGUGAACAAGGCUGAGAGGUUCCAGCUCAUGAAGAUCAUCACGCCCGCGUACCCGGCGCAAAAUUCCACCUUUAACGUCACGCACUCCACGCUGCACGUCUUGAAGAACGAGUUUAAACGGGGCCGGGAGGUGUGCGCGGAGGUUUUGAUGAGCAAGAAGCGAUGGGAGUCGCUGUGGGAGCCCCUGCCGUUCUUCACGAUGCACAAGCACUACCUGCAGGUGACCAUCGCCGCGGUGUCCGAGGAUGACUUCAAAAAGUGGGAAGGGUGGGUGCACUCGCGCCUGCGCAUGCUGGUGCAAGGGGUGGAGACCCCGGCGCGCCCGCGCCUCGCGGCACCCUCAACCUCAACCCCGCGGUGGAACAGUUUCAGAUGCUCGUGA